AUGACCGAGCCCAAUGUGAGCCUAGUGACCGCCAACAUAAGCGGCGCCGGGGCCAGUAGCAAUAACCUGGGGUAUGGAGCAGGGAACUUCUACCGUCCGUUCUCGGUGUUCAGCGUGCUAACCCUCACCCUGCUAGCCAUGCUGGUGGUGGCCACCUUUGUUUGGAACCUCCUGGUUCUCCUCACAAUCCUGAGGGUGCGGACCUUCCACCGCGUGCCCCACAACCUGGUGGCCUCCAUGGCCAUCUCGGACGUGAUGGUGGCUGCCCUGGUCAUGCCGCUGAGCCUGGUACACGAGCUCAAUGGGCGGCUGUGGAAGCUGGGCCGCGUGCUCUGCCAAGUGUGGAUCUCCUUCGACGUGCUCUGCUGCACGGCCAGCAUCUGGAACGUGACCGCCAUCGCUCUGGACCGCUACUGGUCCAUCACCAGACAUUUGGAGUACACGCUCAAGACUCGCAAGAGGAUCUCCAAUGUGAUGAUCGUACUCACCUGGCUGCUGUCCUCCAUCAUCUCCCUGUCGCCACUGUUUGGCUGGGGGGAGACCUACUCGGAGGAGGGCAUGGAGUGCCAGGUGAGCCAGGAACCCUCCUACACCAUCUUCUCCACCUUCGGAGCGUUCUACCUGCCGCUGUGCGUGGUGCUCUUCGUCUACUGGAAGAUCUACAAGGCGGCCAAGUUCCGCAUCGGCUCGCGCAAGACCAACACCAUCACACCUAUGGCUGAGGUGAUUGAGGUACUUUUGUUGCCCUAGUUUUACCUCAUGCCAGGCAGGUAAAACUGGUUGGAUUGGCGUUAUUCCAACCAGUUUCUGAUUGUAAUGAUGUAUUUUUCAACUAGUUUUGCCUGCUGGAUGGUUGGUUGUUUCAUGUGGGAUCCACAUGAUGAACUACUAGUAGGCUAGCAUGGCGUUAAUAAUCAGAUCAUUUCAUUACCUUAUUUUUACAUUGACACACUCGUAAAGCUCCUCUGGCAAUUUUGCCGGACUUAAUCAACCCUGAUCAAUGUUCAGAUAAUGGUUGCACAUUCAAUCACGAUCUGAAUCAUUAUCUGAAUAUACCUCAAUGAUAUCAGUAUCAUUAUAGCUUUCCCAUAUUUGCUCCUGAGGUGCAUAUCACAUUGUUAUCGACUGAUGAGGAUAUAGCUCUCAUAUCGGUUGCUGGGCAAUUAGUGGAAAAUCAUGUCAUCUUCACAAUACAUUCUGAGCUGUGUUCUGAUGGUGUUGUGAUGGUGCUGCAGGGCUGUGGGAAGUGCAUUGUUCUCUAACGCUUGUCAGUGUGUACUGUAUCUCAUACUCAACAGACCAAGUUACAUGAAGGCAUAUACACAUGCAUGUUUGCACAUAGGCUCCCACACAUGUGCACAUGCGCACACAACUACACAAAUCCCCAUGAACAAGCAAGAACAAUCCUCAAUGUCAAGGAUUAUAUCUUUUUUCAAGGAGCUUUGUUUUUUUUUCACAAACUCUCUCUCUCUCUCUCUCUCUAUAUAUAUAUAUAUAUAUAUAUAUAUAUAUAUAUAUAUAUAUAUAUAUAUAUAUAUAUAUAUAUAUAUAUAUAUAUAUAUCUCAUACACACACACACACACACACACACACACAAAUACACACACACACUGAGGGUGGGAGACAAUGUGUUCCCCACACAGAGGGACAUUUCACCCAUGGCAUUUAAUCCAUGGAAGAAACAAGAAGACAGUGACAAGUGAAGGAGGCGGCUGGUAUUAAUGGCAAUACUGUAGGCACAGUGGCCUAUAAAUACCCAGCAUGUUUAACAAGACUAGAGGCCACUGUACCUUCUCCACCACAGCAGCUCUCUCUAAUCAGCAAGGCCCCUGGGCAUAGACCAGAGACCCAGGCUGCGUCCCAAAUGGCACCCUAUCCCUAUAAAGUGCACUACUUUUGACCAGGGCCCUAUAGCCUCUGGUCAAAAUUAGUAACCUAAAUAGGGAAGAGACUUCCAUUUGGGAUGCAGACCCACUCAACAUGCCCAAACUUGUUCAAAUGGAGCUGCCUCCAUGCUGUCUCCACCAGGGUUGGGGUCAAUUCCACAUUUGAUUUGAAUUCUACAUUCUGGAAUUCAAGCAUGAAGUGGAGAAUGUACUUGAAUUGUAAUUGCAGCAAUCUUUAAAAACAACUUAAUUGGAAUUUAUUUGGAAUUUAGACUGUCUGAAUUGGAAUUGAUCUGGAAUUGAACAAGAAUCAUCAUUGGAAUGGAAUUGGAAUUUUAUUGGAAUUUAGACUGUCUGAAUUGGAAGUGAAUUGGAAUUGAUCUGGAAUUGAACAAGAAUCAUCCUUGGAUUCGAAUUGGAAUUUAGAAUAGUACAACUUGAAUUGUAUUAUAAUUGUGCAAAUUCCAGUUACUGGAGUUUAUGUAUUUAGCAUUGAAAUUGAAUGCAAACGUUGUUUUAAAUCAUUUCAACAUAGUAAUUGUGAACACAUAUUACAAUGUUUGAUCAAAGAAAUAUAACUAUAUACAGUACUGUUUAUGCAUUAUAUUUUAAAUGUUUUCUAAUGAGGACGUGCAGUAUAUUUCCAAUUAGUUUAUUUUGGUCCAAUUAAAGAGAUAGUUCACCCAAAUUACAGAUUGGUUUCCUUACCCUUAAGCAGUCUAUGAACUAUGACAUUUGGGUGGACUAUCCCUUAAGGAUGCCUUGUUUAUAUACACCUUCCUAAUACUGAGUUGCACCCCCUUUUGUCCUCAGAACAGCCUCAAUUUGUCGGGGCAUGGACUCUACAAGGUGUCGAAGGUGUUCCACAGGGAUGCUGGCCCAUGUAGACUCCAAUGCUUCCCACAGUUGUGUCAAGUUGGCUGAAUGUCCUUUGGGUGGUGGACCAUUCUUGAUACACACAGGAAACUGUUGAGCGUGAAAAACCCAGCAGAGUUGCAUUUCUUGACAACUCAAACCGGUGCACCUGGCACCUACUACCAUACCCCGUUCAAAGGCACUUAAAUCUUGUGUCUUGCUCAUUCACCCCCUGAAUGGCACACAAACACAAUCCAUGUCUCAAUUGUCUCAAUAAGGGAUCAUAGCUUUCACCUGGAUUAACCUGGUCAGUCUAUGUCAUGGAAAGAGCAGGUGUUCGUAAUGUUUGGUACACUCAGUGUAUAUCGGGGCUUAAUUCCAUUUCCACUGAGUAUUGUUUAUUACAUUAUUCUGUAUUGCUUGCGUUUUAGCUUUGGAAAAAUACAUUUGAAAUGGUGUCAGGAGGCUGAUUAACACUUCCCAGCAUGCUGUUUUGGAAGUCAUUUUUUGUAAUUCUUUGUUUGCACAUUUGGAUGCACAUUGAUUGUUAUUUAUAUAAUGCAGCACAAAGAUAAAUAACAUAUAUAUAUAUAUAUACUCUGAUCUGUUAGUGGUUGGAUUUAUUGCACCUGUUAUUGAGAUGGUGGAGCCAGUUCAUAUGGUUUAGGUUGUCCUAUCAAUUUCAUGUUCCCUAUCUUCUAUAAUCAGUCUGAAUGCAAAAGGUGGGUGAUGAGUUAUUCCAAAUGUUGUAAAUCUGCCAUUUGGCUGAAUAGCAAAUAAGCAAUAAUACAUGAGAGGGUAUGAUAAAAAUGUCAUAACACAUGGACUCAAAUGUAUUAUCGCUUUUAUACAACUGGUUACCAGCAUUAAAAUCAAGAUUAUUUCCCAAACCAUCAAUUUUUCACCAAAACAUGAUGCUACGUUCACUAACACUGGUUGCCGUGACAUUUUAGGCGUUCUCUGGUCAUAGUUCUAUUCAUAUUGACUGCCAUGUAAAGCAAAGCUACCCAAGUGCUGGUUGAUAGUUCCAGAACCUUGGUUUCUAGGGAGGCUGUCCAUGGUUCUGAAAACAGCGCACGUCUGGUCAAUGCAUAGGAAAAUUGAAUGUCAGAUCGAGACAUUGUAUAGGGGCGCUGUCCAUGGAUCUGAAAACGGCGCUGAAACAUUGUAGCAAAGACAUUGAUACAGCAGAUCAGAAUAGAAACCACAAUGACAAUAUUUUUUGGGAUAGUCACAGCAACGACAGCUAUUUAUUUAUGAUAUUGAAUUGCACAUUUCCACGGGGCGGAGCUCGUUCCCCUAGGUUGUCAUACAUGCAGCCACAACAAUUCUCUCUGUCUCUUUCCAUUGGAUUUUUGUGGUUCUUGGUUUCUUCAUUUUUGUCUUAUUUUAUCACGAAUGAGUCUGGCUUCAGUUUGCUAUUGCCUUCAUUGCCUCCUCAGCCAAAGUGCAACCACAAAUUAAACGCUGUGGUAUGCAAAUCAAAUAAUUAUUAUUGCUAAUAUAACAGAUAAUCAAAGAUGGACCUUCUGAUUUUUGAACACACUUAUGAACACAUCAUUUUAUGGAACCCUAGAUAAAAGCUGAAAAUAUGUGAAUGCAAUGACCUAGUCUUUGUCACUAAUAAACACAAUCAUGGGUGGAAAUUCUAAAGUCUGUCCAAUCUAAAGGCACCCUGGGAUAUAUGCAAAUAUUUGCAUAUAUCCUAGUGUGCCUUUAGAGUGAACUUCGUAAUUACCACUGUGUUUGCUGGUGACAGAGACAUGGUUGUUGCAUUCAAUUCCUACCAGUCCUGUAGCCUUCACUAAGUGAUGUAUUGUCAUAAAGGGUGAAUAUUUUAUCCUUAAAAUCGAUCCCUUUAUGGCAAUACAUCACAUAUUAUAUCAUAAGGCUGUACCUCAACAGCCUAGUUUUACCAUAACACACAGGUCUGAAAGUCUUGGUUUGUAGGCCACAUUGGACAAGUCACAUUAUGCUGGUUUGCAAAGGGAUAUGUAAUUCCUAUUGGAAUCCAGCCAGAGUUAGGAUAUCCAACAACUGGGGCUGGUUGCACCAGUUGGUCGUAAGUGGGUCGUAACUCUACGUCAGAUGUUAAAUGCGCUAUACGUCAGACCAGAAAAUUAUACCUCUUGCACCACCUGGGCGUAAGCCCUUCUACACCUCGUAGAGAGCAGGCAUAGGGUUAUAAAUUGGGACCAUCUUCAUCUUGAUACGCACAGAAAAUAAUAGCAAUAUUGAACAACUUCCACAGGCUUUUCAAGUUACCUAUGAGCCAAUAGCAAAACAAUACACUUGAUAUAUGCUACAUUAUGGCGUGCUAAAUGUGUCUGAUCAUUGGUAGAUUAGCAAACGAAGCCAGAGUUAAAAUAACCAGAUAUACAGACUGAGAUUCAGUGAAGCAAAAUCACAUUGAUUGAUCAUCAGUCAGGUCUAGGGCUUUUGGUCGGGAUAUCGGCAAGGCUACUAUGCGUGUAAACUUUUAAUCACCCACAACCUGCAUUAAGAAUGACUGGGUGGAUUGAACAAAUGAGACUACCUUAACCAUUUAAACUGGAACAACCAUCUCAGUAACGGGUUCAAUAAGUCCAACUACAAACGGAUUGUAUUAGUUAGAAAAUCAUCAGAUCAAUCAAUCAAUGCAAAUACACAGAUAUUGAAACAAACAAUUUAAAACAUCUACCUGCAUAAUAAUGAUGGCCGUGGUUUUGAGUGCCUGUGUGUUUAAAGAUGAAGUAAGUUAUGUCAGAAGCUAGCUGAUUCAUUACUUACCAACAACAGCUGCAAAUUCCAAUAAAACUACAUCACGUUUUGAAGUUCACUUUUCUUGCUUUGUCUAACAACACUAUCAUGAAUCUAGCUAAUAAGUUUUGUGGGUCAGAGUGCAGUAUUUAUUUAGUUUCAUAGCACAAACGUUUGUUAACAUGUUUCUCACACAGGUUUUAGCCACGGAGGGGUUGCCUAGCAACAUGUGCCUCAUUGGGAGUCAACGUCUGCAUUGCGCGACAUUCCCAUUAAUUGUGAAUCUGUAUGAACCGAACAGCAAGUGUGACAGGUAAAAUGGCUUUGAAAAAUGUCAGCUAAUAGGGAGAAGUACCUAACAAAAUAACUACAUUGUGGCAUUCACUAAUCAUAAACUAUUUAGAUUUAAUAGAAAUGUCAGUACAUUUGUGGACACAUAUUUUACUUACUCAACCUUUAACUCUAUACAGAGUAAGAAUUACACAAUCACAUAAAACUCUGGUUAUUAACACCAACGCUCAGGUUAUUUUACACCACUGAGUGUUAAUGUAACUCCUGAAUGAAUAAAGCUCUCAUUUAUGGAGAAGGACUUUCACUCUACCUUUAGUAUUUUUGCUUUAUUUAGACUUACACAUAUUAUGAAAUGUGGAGACAGGAACUGAACCCUGGUCUGGGGAAACACACAUAUGCUUGUUGCAGGGAUUGUUGCCCACAUGCCCACAGCUCUGCAAGAACCUCUAAUUUCUAUCAUGAAUCUUGUUUCGAACUAUGCAUUUAAGCACUUGACAACAUGAUGUGUAAAUGUUACAUAAAGGGUUUUCUUUUCAUAUAAAAAAUGUGAAGCUAAUGUGUUUUAGGUGUGUCCCUAUCUCAUAAAAAAAAAAGAUUAGUGAUUUUUGUAAUUGUUUUUAGAGCAUGGAGCUUUGUUUCCCACAAUGUGCCAAACCAAUUAGAGGAAAAAAACAACAGUAAAACGCAAUACUGAAUAAUACAGUAGUCACUACCGAGUGGAAUCGAGUAGUUUGCAUUUUCAGCAUUAUUUCAUCCUGUUCAAAUUAAACAGCUUUAGUUUAUCAAUGAUAUUCACUAAUUGGAUGAGUUUUUUUGGAUAAUGUUUUACAUCUUUAUGAUUGUAUGUUUUAAUAUGAAAAGCAUCUUAUUGUAUUAUUUUAUAUAUUUAACAAUUUAAGCUAAAUCCCUAAAUUCCUGAGAGUUUUCAGAAUUCAGGAGACAUUUAGAGGUUUACCAGGAAUAUUCCCUCUUAGUUCGUUAAUAGGUAAAGUUGGUCUUUGGAAUCUGCCAUGAGUUGAGGUAGUAGGGUUCAGUUUGGCUUGAGUUGAAAGAAGUGAAGGAAUGUAAAUUCAGGGAAUUGGUCUAGAGAGCGAACUGAAUUAUGUGAAUUGUUGUGGCAGAAUAUUGAAUUAGGAAUUGUAUUUUUGAAUUGACUUAGAAUUGAUGGAAUUUAUAGGGAGAGGGAAUUGAAUUAGAAUUCAAUUUGUGGAAAUGACCCAAACCCUGGCCUCUACUCUCUCUGGCUAUAUUAAAAAGGCAAACCGCAGCAUACACCUUUAAGGUUGUCAGGUUUGUUAAGAUACUAAGCGGAGAGAAUUGGCUGGUACAAAACAGCUAAAAUGUAUUAAGACUAUAAGCGGCUAUUUCACUGAUUUAGAGACGGUUGAAAGUAGACUUCUUAUAGACCGGUAGGUCAUUGGAAAAUGUCCUUUAGCUUUCGUAUGUUUUAUUCUAUUAUACCACAACAACAAGUCGCAUAUUAUUAUUAUAUUAGAAUAACAGUCAAACAAUAGAAACUAAUUGGCACCUAGCAUGAAUAUUUAUCACCAUACACACCCUCAGUAGACACCCCCUCUAGUUUUCACAUAAAUGAAUUAGACAGUCAAAUAUCACCCCCUAGGACUGUGGUAUUUCAGCUGAAUUCGUUUAGUCAAUUAAUGUUCUAUGAAGAAAAGUCAGGCUGUUUUAUCUGUGGUAUGACCGUUUGUAUACAUGGGUGUUUGGCUCAAGGUCAGCCCAGUUAACAGCAUGGACAAUAGGAGUCGUGAAUAUUUGGCGUGAAAACAUCCCAACACAAGGAAGCAUGCAGACCGCGAUCGGAGCCCUACUGGAAAUAUCACACACGAUUAACACAUUCCGUUUGAAAUUCUAACAUGUUCCAUGGCAUGUGACUUGACUUCAUAACCUGUUUCCAAUACAUUUGACAUUUAUUUAGGAACAACAAAUGCUAGCUUUGCAGGGGUUUGGGAAUACAAAGACAGGUUGAACACAUUUUUUACGUGGUACAAUGACAUUUGUGUGACAAUGAAAUUUGUUACUGUGUAAUUAUUGUAUUUCCAACACGUUUUUAUCAUGACCAUUUCCGGUAGGGUAUCUCUGAGUGGACUUCAGGGGGGGCUUACUUUCAACCCAUAUCUAAACGCAAUCCCCAACCCCUAGUAUGGCUCAGUGGAGUAGAACCACUGUGUUCUAAUAGGAAAUUAUAUUGAUAUUUAGACAACUGCUACUUGGUAUACAAACGGAAUCAGCUAUGUUUAAUCCAGUUGAGCCUAUCAAACAACAUCAAACACCAUUGUUAUUGCUUAUGUCUUGUGCAUUACUUUCGUUUGCAUGUCUUAAAGAGAUUCUCCGGAACUUUUGGAUGCUUUAUAGCCAGUAGUUCUGAAAGUAGCACUCACGGGCUAAAAGUGGUCCCCGAAAAUUGCAUACUGUCACAUACAGCGCAAUCGGAAAGUAUUCAGACCCCUUGACUUUUUCCACAUUUGUUACGUUACAGCCUUAUUCUAAAUUUGAUUGAAUUGUUUUUUUUUCUCCUCAUCAAUCUACACACAAUACCCCAUAAUGACAAAGCAAAAAUUAUUUAAAAAAUACUAAACUGAAAUAUCACAUUUACAUAAGUAUUCUGACCCUUUACUCAGUACUUUGUUGAAGCACCUUUGGCAGCAAUUACAGCCUUGAGUCUUUUUUGGUAUGACGCUACAAGCUUGGCACACCUGUGUUUGGGGAGUUUCCCCCAUUCUUCUCUGCAGAUCCUCUCAAGCUCUGUCAGGUUAGAUGGGGAGCAUCGCUGCACAGCUAUUUUCAGGUCUCUCCAGAGAUGUUCGAUCGGGUUCAAGUCCGGGCUCUGGCUGGGCCACUCAAGGACAUUCAGAGACUUGUCCCGAAGCCACUCCUGCAUUGUCUUAACCAUGUGCUUAGGGUCGUUGUCCUGUUGGAAGGUGAACCUUCACCCCAGUCUGAGGUCCUGAGUGCCCUGGAGCAGGUUUUCAUCAAGGAUCUCUCUGUACUUUGCUCCGUUCAUCUUUCCCUUGAUCCUGACUAGUCUCCUAGUCCCUGCCGCUGAAAAACCCCACAGCAUCAUACCGCCACCACCAUCAUUCACCGUAGGGAUGGUGCCAGGUUUCCUCCAGAUGUGACGCUUGGCAUUCAGGCCAAAUAAUUCAAUCUUGGUUUCAUCACACUAUAGAAUCUUGUUUCUCAUGGUCUGAGAGUCUUUGGGUGCCUUUUGAAAAACUCCAAGCAGGCUGUCAUGUGCCUUUUAUUGAGGAGUGGCUUCUGUCUGGCCACUCUACUAUAAAGGCCUGAUUGGUGGAGUGCUGCAAAGAUGGUUGUUCUUCUGGAAGGUUCUCCCAUCUCCACAGAGGAAUUCUAGAGCUCUGUCAGAUAGACCAUUAGUAUGAAAAAUGUAUGCACUCACUAACUGUAAAUCGCUCUGGAUAAGAGCGUCUGCUAAAUGACUAAAAUGUCAAUGUUCUAGGUCACCUCCCUGACAAAGGCUCUUCUCCCCCGAUUGCUCAGUUUGGCAGGGUGGCCAGCUCUAGGAAGAGUCUUGGUGGUUCCAAACUUCUUCCAUUUAAGAAUGAUGGCGGCAACUGUGUUCUUGGGGACCUUCAAUGCUGCAGAAUUUUUUUGGUACCCUUCCCCAGAUCUGUGCCUCGACACAAUCCUGCUUCGGAGCUCUACAGACAAUUCCUUCAAUCUCAAAGUUUGGUUUUUGCUCUGACAUGCACUGUCAACUGUGGGACCUUAUAUAGACAGGUGUGUGCCUUUCCAAAUCAUGUCCAAUCAAUUGAAUUUACCGCAGGUGGACUCCAAUCAAGUUGUACAAACAUCUCAAGGAUGAUCAAUGGAAACAGGAUGCACCUGAGCUCAAUUUCGAGUCUUAUAGCAAAGGGUCUGAAUAAUUAUGUAAAUAUGGUAUUUCUGUUUUUUAUUUUUAACACAUUUGCAAAAAAAUCUAAAAACCUGUUUUCGCGUUGUCAUUAUGGGGUAUUGUGUGUGUAGAUUGCUGAGGAUUUGUAUUUAUUUAAUCCAUUUUAGAAUAAGGCUGUAAAGUAAUUUUUUUUUGAAAAAGUCAAGGAUUCCAUUAAUACUUUCCGAAGGCACUGUAUGUGCAGAUAUGUGCACCAAGUCAUUGCUCUCUCUUUCUCUCUCUUCUGUGUCCACUGAAUUAUUGGGCCCGCACUGCAACCUCAUUGGAUAACACUGGGCAGGUCUCAUGCUAGCUGUCACUCAAAUUCAAAGGGCUAAAGCUCAUUGGCUAGAACUCGAAUUGCUAGGAGGCUGGCCCACGUGGGGGGAAAUGUAGGGAAAAUGUCAUGGCACAGCUUCAAGAAAACAGUCACUUUCAAAACGAGUGAUUCCGUGGCUAAUUGAGGUAAUUCUGCUCAUAGAUUAUGCAUGUAUGAACUACACAUUGACACAUCCAGCCCAAUGUGGGAGGUUUCAACAAUAUUUUCUUAGUCGCCAAAUUAACGGAGCAUGUCUUUAAAUUCCACAAAAAUGUAGUUAAGUCACUUAGGGACUGAUAGUUAGCUACCUUUUUGUCUGAAAAUUACAUUUGACAUUUCGGCACAAAAGAAAACCUUAAUCUAUUGACAGGAGUCAGGCUUUCAUAUAUCACAGUCCCAGAUAUCUGUGCUUAAAGUAUUACAUCCAUAAACACUGUCAAAUAGGCAAUCUGGGAUUCGAACAACAACAAAGUGGACACUUGUUUUGGUAAACAGCUGAGGGAUGGGGCUAGAGAAAUGUAACCAAUUUCAAAUCCAUACAGAUCUAUGGAUGCAAGGACUGGCCAUGCAUGAGAUAAAAAGUACAUAAUGAAUAUUGGGUUGUGAUGUGGUAAGACAGUUGAACUAGGUUUGUGAGGCAUUUAUGAGUUAUGUUCUUCAAGAAUCAAUGGAUAUAUGUCAUUAAAGCACACAAAUUGAUGUAACAAUCCUAGAUUGUCCCUUUAAACUGCAAACCCUUUUUCCACAGUACCUCAGGGUUCAAUAUACUCUACCCCUCAAUUUGGCAUCAGCAACAUCCCCCUAGGCAUUAUGCUUUUAACCCCUAUCCUCUGCUGUAAAUGGAAUGACUCUCGCCAUUCGUCUCCCAGGCCUCCUGACACUUAUUGAUUUCUCCAAGAAUUUACUCUGCCAUUUUCUACUUUUUCACACCUACGCUAACUAGUUCUGACUAAGCUCUUUAUACAUCUCUGUAUUUGCAUGGUGUUUUCAUUCCAUUUAUUCUGUUUAACAGCACUCUCUGUGUGAGGCUGAUGGCUUUUGAUUUGAUUUGAUUUAUUAGGAUCCCCAUUAGCCGACACCAAUGGUGACAGCUAGUCUUACUGGGGUCCGACAUAUAACGAAAAAUACAUUACAGACAAAUACUUACAAUUUACAUAUGUUUAAAAACAUGAACAUGUAGUGUGUGUGUGCGUAUAUCAGUUACACAGACAUGUCAGUACAUACACACAACAAGUAGGUCACAUGAAGGAGAGGUGUUGUGCCGUUAGGUGUUGCUUUAUUUGUUUUUUUAAACCUGCUUGAGUUCUGGCUGGGCUUGUAGUUUAUGACUUGUAACGUGUCUGAUUGAUUCAUCAGACACUAUUUUGCUUGUUUUUGAUUGAUAUGUUUAUUGACUUGCCCAUAGGGUUCAGCAAGCUGACUGGUUGCUCAAUUAACUAACUGAUUGGCUGGUUCUUUUACUGAUGAGUAUCAAUUGGUUGAUUGUUUGAUUGACUAAGUGACUGAUUGACUGAGAACAAAAUAAGUUAUGGUAAAAUGAACAAAUGUAAAACUGAAAGCCUGCAAUUAAAAACCAAUUGAUUGGUCUGUUCUUUAACUUCUUCUAGUAAUGUCAGUAUCAAUUGGUUGACUGAUUGGAUUGACUAACUGAUUGUUUGAUUGACAGGUGAAGGAGGCAUCGCGGCAGCCCCAGAUGGUGUUUACGGUGCGCCAUGCCACGGUGACCUUCCAGAUGGACGGCGACACGUGGCGUGAGCAGAAGGAGAAGAAGGCGGCGCUGAUGGUGGGGAUACUGAUCGGUGUCUUCGUCCUGUGCUGGAUCCCCUUCUUCCUCACAGAGCUCAUCAUCCCACUGUGCCACUGCGACAUUCCGCCCAUUUGGAAGAGCAUCUUCCUGUGGCUGGGCUACUCCAACUCCUUCUUCAACCCGUUAAUCUACACAGCCUUCAACAAGAACUACAACAACGCCCUGAGGAACCUGUUCUCCUGCCAACACUGA